AUGUGAUCGCAGCCUCGGAAAAUGGAUUCCACCGUGAAAAAGGGCCAGUUACACCUGGCACUGGCUGUGUGUAGUGGAUUCCGCGACUUGAGGCAGCCUUCGGGUGAAAAGUGUCAAGGACCGCUCCCUUGAAUUUUCCUCCAAGUCGCGUGCAGGGGGCACACGUUUUUCGCGAGCGUUUGUGAGUGUGUGCUUGAUUGUGCAAACGGGGGAAAAAAAGUCUAGCGAAAAUCGCGAAAAAUCGGAAGUAAUUGUGCGCGAAAGGAAACGAGGUUAAUUUAAUUAAAGUAAAAAGUAGGGGGAGGAGAGGGAAACAGAGAAAAAAAAUCGACACCAAGAAGUGAGAAAAGCUGCCGCAAGGAAAACGCAACGACGUUGGAAAAGUGGCAGGAAAAAGUCGCACAGGAAAAAAAAAAGAAAGGUGGCAAUUUGGCCGUUUUCCCUCACUCACUCUCUCUCGCGCUCCGGCCACCCGCUCACUUUCUCUCUCUGGCGCGCGAAGGUGAAAAGUCCUCGACGGGAAGAUUUAUUCCAAUCAUUGUCGCGAAAAGCGAAAAAAAAAAAGCGCGUCGAGAAUCCUCGACCAGGUCAACAGAGGCUUACGAGUGGAGUGGUGAAGCACCUGACCUGAGAGAUCAAACGAAGGAAGGAAAAUUCUGCGGUCUAGCACCGAUUGGCACGCGGCUUUCGUGUUGAGGAUCGAGUUUUUUUGAGUGGCGUGAGGAGGAGUGCUACUGAAGACGACGACGUAGUGGUCAUUUAUCAAAAGUACUAAGUAGAGGAGAGCUGAACGACGACGUCGAGAAACGAGGAAAAGGUCACACGCACUCGACACGGAUAAGGAUCGACUGCAAGAAUCGAAUCGGAUCUUCCCAGUUGGCCCCGGAUCCCAGCAAGAUAUUACAGCCCCCAGAGGACAACCCCGAGGAAUACUACCCAGUCAGUGUGUGCGUUCGUGUGUUACUUGUAGUGCUUAAAAUUAGUGUCUGCUUUAGGUGUUUUCUUGUGCGACCAUGUGUUAAAGUUGGUGCCACUUGACGUGAGCUAAAAGUAUAAUCAUAUCCGUUUAAAAAGUUCCAUUAAAACCAACACAUAAAAGGAAAAAAUCUUCGCCACGCUCUGGUUCCAAAGGUUGACGGGCAAGAAAUAUCGAGCAAUAAAGCUGGUGUGUCUCCAAAUCCGACCCCUCUCACCAAGACGAUAACUCAUCAACUCACCGUCUCACGGUCUGUUUUUCUCACAAACGACAAACUCUCACAUCCCAUCUCAUCGCGAGUGAAAGUGUGCAUCAACAGUGAGAACGAGAGAGGAAAACAAGUGAGAACGCAGCAGGCGGCGCGACUCACACGGGUGAGCAACGGUGAGUGAGCUUUGCUCGCGAGGUUCAGUGUCACUGUCACUGACGACGAUGAUAAUGAGCGAGUGGUGGUGAGCUUGUGUGUGUGUGUGUGUGCGGGAAAAGAAAAACAACAACAUCCUUGAGGAGGAGCGAUCGACGACGACGGGGGUGAGAAGAAGUGUGAGUGAACGGGGAGAUGAGAAAGUAGUACAACACAGCUGGAAGGAGCAAGAAGAGUAGUGUGAGUAGUGGCGAGAAGUAAUAGAACGACAACGGUUUACUACUCUGCUGCAAGAGGAGAAAGUAUCGGAAAUAAUAGUGAGCUGUGUUACAAGCGCUCUCACACACAACAAUGAGUGAGUGAGUGUGCGAGAGAGGUGAAUUGUUAUCGCGACGAAAGUUAUAAAUAGUGAAUCAAUAAAAAAGAAUCGUGUGUAUCGUGAGCUGGAGCAAACAGAAGCAUUAAAAAUAGUGAAGCAGGAAAGUGUACCGGAAGAGGUCAACUGAGAAUAACGACGACAACAACAACAACUAGUGUUACUACUUCUACUGUUUUCACUGAAACGAAAACGACGAUAACGACAGUGGCGCCGUCGUCCCGGCAUGAGUUAGUGCUCCGCGAUGUGUGAUGGAUUUUCCGCUCGUUGAGGAUAAUAGUUCAUAUUUGGGAUAACGUUAGCGGAAAAGGUGUGCGGAAAUGCGCUUAGGGGGCGCCCCCGGUGGCGGAGACCCCCUAGCGAUGGGUGCCGGGAACGACUAUGCCGAGCUGUGCGACCUGGGCCCGUCCCGGUGGAGCUCCCGGAGCGGCUACCAGCAGGUCUCGUCCCCGCCGGUCAACUCGAUCUACCACCACACUGGCGGUGGCGGUGGCGUCGGCGCUGGAGUCGGCGUCGGCGUUGGUGGGCCCGGAGUCGGGAGCGGCGGCGGUUCGUCCUCAAUGCUCGGCGGUGGCGGCGGUGGUGGUGGUGUCCCCGGCGGAACGUCCUCGUCGGCGGCCACGAUCCGGUCCAACAGCUUCGAGGCCGAGGACGUCAUUGGGCCCUACGGAAGUACCCGGAUCGGCAACAGCACAAGUUCCCUGCGAGGACGUUCAGGUUUAUAUUAUUCACCACCCGGUACUUCAUAUACAAUAGUAGAAAGAGAAAGACCACACUCUCCUCACUAUUAUUAUAACACAGCCGGUGUCCCUUCCAAAGGAGGUUCAUUGCCAAGUAGAAGUAGUUAUUUAGACUCAGCUAGUUUAGGUGUUUCAACUGGUGCAGGUACAGUUCCAAAUUCAACCAGACAUAAUGGUAAAAAGCGGCCUAUCUCGCCAGAGCAGGUCAUAAGAUUGUUUAACACAACCAGUUCAUCUUCUUCAGUUCCUACUAGUUAUCAUAGUAACGGCACGCGCGAUCGGGGCCGCCGAAGUCCUGCCAGCAGUCCGCCUUCUACCACCCACCAGAUCUAUCGAGAUCGGGAACGAGAUCGAAGCAUACCGAACAUUCAAAACCUGAUGACGCGAACGGUGAACAUGUCCCGUGACCAGCAGACGGAUGCCAGCCACGGGUUCGGCAUCUGCGUCAAGGGCGGCAAGGAUUCAGGCAUCGGAGUGUACAUAUCGCGGAUCGAGGAGGGCUCGCUGGCCGAACGGGCCGGCCUGAGGCCCGGCGACACGAUCCUGGAGGUGAACGGAACGCCGUUCACGUCCAUCAACCACGAGGAGGCGCUCAAGAGAUGUGUGCAGAUCCUGAAAUCGUCGCGCCAGAUCAGCAUGACCGUCCGGGCGCCUCCGUCGGCCGCCGGAGCGUCGAUGAUCAACUCGACGGCACCGCUGCACGGCUUCGGACCACCUCCGAGCGUGGUCGGCAGCACCAGCAGACUGGCCGCGGCCGUCACCGGCGGAGACCCCCUCGGGAGUGUCAUCGUGGCGGGGCCUGCCGGCGGUGGCGGUGGCGGCGUGGGGACCGUGGUGGGUCCCGGCGGAGGAUCGGCCAUGUAUCCGCCCCCACCGAACCGGCAAACGUGUUCCUGGAUGGACCGCCAGGGGAGACCGGCCUCGCCGCCGUACGAGUACGGUGGCCGCCGGCCGGAGCGAAGGGAUCGGGUACGAAGGGUUGAUCUGCUGAUAGAGCCAGGUCAAUCCCUGGGACUGAUGAUCCGGGGUGGCGUAGAGUACGGAUUAGGAAUUUUUAUUACCGGCGUCGACAAGGACAGCGUUGCGGACCGGGCUGGACUGAUGGUCGGCGAUCAAAUCCUAGAAGUGAAUAGUCAAUCAUUCAUGGAGGUGACCCAUGACGAGGCUGUUAGUCAAUUCAAGUUCCACAAGCGGAUGUCGCUGCUGGUGCGGGACGUCGGGAAAGUGCCACACUCGUGUACCACCGUUGAGCCAGAACCGUGGGACGCCUACAGUCCGACCGGAGUGAGGACCCGCAGGAAAUGUCCGGUGUCAGCGAUGGUGGAAGAAAAAGCCAGAUCCUUAUUACCUCGUCAUCAUUUUGCUAACUUAUCAUAUUAUAUAGCGGAAUAUGGUGCUAGAGGAAUGACCAUAGAGGCCUUCGUAUCUGUUUUAUUAGAAAUGUUAGAUACACCCGAAAAGCAUACUUUAGUAACAGAAAUAAGAGAAUUAAUUUUUCCUGAGGAUAGGACGCGAUAUGACGAACUUGUAUAUAGGAGAGGGAGAGACGUGUACGGUGAUCCACUAGAUAGGCAUAGGAGAAAAGAUCAUUUACCUCAUUCGCAUGAUUUGCCGGUGUCGGACACGGAUCUGGAAGUGAUCGAAGCCACCGGUGCCGGUGACCACGGCGGAAUGGCGGCCCAAGCCGGGACGGGCCCGCUGCCCGACAUUCGCAAUCGCCCGCCGGCCCCACUGCCGUACCGUCCCAUGUCGGCCGGACCGAUUCUCCACCACCACCCGACGCGCCACCUCAACACCUCCCAGAGCCACCUGGCCGAUCUGGGCGGAACGCCGAGCCGGUUUGGCGGCACGUCGGCCACCUCCCCACCGGGGGGCAUUGCCGGGUUGAACCCGCUGCACAACCCGAACCGCCACAAAAUUUCCUCCUCGUCUAGCGAUGUUGUCAAACAGUUGAAGAACAAGGAUUUUAACGAUCCGACACGACUUAGGAGAGGCAGCGAGACUCAGCUAUCGAGGGCGGAUUAUGACUCGGACCAGGGGAGCUACUUAGAUGGAUUACGAUCGCAUUUAGGUGGUUUAACGCAACGAGUCAAAUCUUGGUACUGGGGAAGACCUCUCGAGUUAGCGACAAAGUUGUCGAGAAGUUUUGAUAUGAAAGAUGAAGGUGGAUCGCUGUUGGGAUCCGAUGCAGGUGUCAGACGGCAUCAGUCGAUGCAGCGGCUGCCGAUGGACCAGAACGGCUCCUCGCUGGAGCAGUGCCAGGACCAGCCGCCCCACAUUGUACCUGACCACCGAGGGAACCUCCACAUCACGGUGAAAAAGUCGAAGCCCAUCCUCGGCAUCGCGAUCGAGGGCGGUGCGAACACGAAGCAUCCGCUGCCGCGGAUCAUCAACAUUCAUGAACACGGGGCAGCGUACGAUGCGGGCGGACUGGAGGUGGGCCAGCUGAUACUGGAGGUCGACGGUAACAAGGUCGACGGGAUGCAUCAUCAGGACGUCGCCCGACUGAUAGCGGAGUGCUUCGCCGCACGCGACAAGAACGAGAUCACGUUUCUCGUGGUGGAAGCAAAGAAAUCAAACCUAGAACCGAAACCAACAGCAUUAAUAUUUUUAGAAGCAUAGCAUUUGCUAUCCCUGCCGGCUAGCGAUCCGGAUAAUUCUGAAGUGCCAGAAAAAGGGAUCGACCUUACCGCUGAUAAGAUGAAGUAAGUUUUCUUUUUUGAAAGUUCGGAGCUCGGGGAGCUCCGAUUUUGCGUUUGUUUUCUCUUUCUUUCUUUGUUUUUAUUGGUUUUUUUCUCACCGACCAUUUUUAACUGCAAUCGAUGGGUUGCGGGAAAAGAUUGUAGAACUUUCCCCACUGUUUAGUUGGAAGACACUUUUAAAGGGGACAGUGCUACAAACUUUUCAAACUCGUCGAACUUUACUUUCUUUGCUCAACUUUUGCUGCCGAUUUUGAGUUGUUCUACGUUUCUUCAAAAAGAAAUAGCAUCAAUACACAUGCCACAUCACCACUUAACAAACUUGUAAAAACUUAGCUGGAAGUUUGCGACGUAAAGUUUACUCAGAAAAGGUUACACACAAAGUAGGUAAAUUUAAACACAAAAACACUGCCGUACUUUUAAAUGUUGACACUUGAAAUCACACUCACCCACAUUCUUGGGCGGAUUUGGCGUAGGCCAAUUCAAAACCCUUUUUAGAUAGACCGAACCCAGCUCUCUCGGAAGCAACUAAAUUUUCUGUUAAGUACGCCGUAGCUAACGAUUAGUGAACGAAAAGGAACAAUCAAAUUGCGUUUUCUAACAACUAAAGUGAAAGAAACAAAAAAAAACACUCACAAGACUUGAAAUGCUGUAUUUUGCUAUCGUUUUAUUUUUGGUAAUUUAUUUCCUCUUUUCUAUAAGUUCUAUACUUUUCGCUUUCGAUUUACCUUAAACAAAAAAAAGAAAACAAUCAGCAGAAGAGAUAAGAAAGAAUUCUUUAUUCGCGGUAAUUCAGAGAUAUUCUAGCCGUCAGGGAUGUUAAAUCAGGUUGAAGAACAAAAAACACGAAAUGAACACUACCAGAAAACAAAAGCAAAACAACAACAACAACAACACAACUCGAACAAUCCAAGUGGAGAAAAAAGUAAGAAAUCAAGAGAAACGAACGUCACAGCUCACGCGAUCGUAGUGACCGUGGGGAAGAGUGACGUUCGCGCGUGGAUUAAACGCCUGCAAGUAGGCAACCCUGCGCGAGCAGGGCUGUGCAAAGCACGCGUAAACAAAUGAAAGACAAAACACAACAAGCCAAGAGCGCAAAUCGGGUAAACAAAGAGUAAUAAAAACUGCAAUAACGCGUGCAAAUGUGUGCGAGCGUGUGUGUGUGCGUGUGUUUGACUGUUUGUUGCGUAAGUUUGCGCAAAAUACAACCUUAAAUGCUAGUGUAGCGAAAAGCGAAAGCAAAACAAACAACAAAAUUCUAGCAUGAUUAAAAAAAGUGUUUGAAACAAAAAAAAAUCUAAAUCGUUAUUUGUUGACUCGUGGAUAAGUGCGUGGCUGGGCGCGUGUGUUUGUUUUGUUUUUAAUUUAGUGCGUGCUGCGUGUAAGAAAGUAUUGCUUAAUGGCCACCCCCGCGACAACUGUCAAACCUGACCGGCUGUCAGUCGCAGGGGUGGGUCGAUCUUUGUUGAACAUAAUGUGCUUGUCGCGCUAGGUUAAGCUACUAAAAAGCAACAUGGUACCGAUGGCUAAACUAAUUGUUACUGCUCGUGUGAUACUCUUACCAUAAAGAAAUACGAAACUUGCAAAAUUAUUACUAAAACAAUACACAGACAAACAGACAGAGACACUGACAGACCACGAACACGAACACAUUUCAAAACGAUGAUAUGAGUCUAAAUACAUUAAUGCUGCGUUCUUUUCCGUAAAAAAAGAAAUACAUUCUACAGAAAAGACGAACCCCUCCCCUUGAAAAAGAAGGAUUGAAAUUGGGCCUGAAAGUUCUAGGAAAUGAUUGUUUUUGAACCAAACGUACGAGAAAUGCUAUGUAGGUGCUGCUGCUAAACUAAAAACAA